AUGUCCACUCGCGCCAAGAUCAGCCGCCGCGAGUUAUGCCCCAUCUGCCUAGAGCAGCUGGCAGCGGGGGGCUACCAGUACCGCACAGGACAAGUAGUGCGGUUGCACUCGUGUGGGCAUUGUUUUCAUCGCAGCUGCAUCGACAGCUGGCUGCAACAGGCGACUACCUGCCCUACAUGUCGAGUUGAACACCCAGAGCUGCCCAUCGAUUGUAUCUAUCUCGGUGUAGUCUCUCUCGGGCGGACUGAAACUCCUCCACUUGGUCAGCUCUCCGACGACGUGGCCAAAUACGUGCAUACGGCCACACAAUCCAUCGAGUACAGUCGGGAGUGUAAGCAAAUGCUCCGCUUGCGAAGCUCUUGUGUCGAAAUCCUGGCUUCUCCAAGCGCGGUGGACAAGGCCAGCGACAAGUCAUCAAGCCCUCUUUUGCUCACGGUUCGGCUUCACAAUAUUGCUAGCUUCCAUUCUCUUCAUCAGGCGGUCGUCUUGGUGGAACGAGCCAAGAGUCACAGCCCCAAGGGCCUGCUGCAUCAUAUUUUGCAGUUUGACACGGAUAUACAGGCUUCCCACUGCAUUGACCGUCUCCACGAUGCCAGCACCGCAGCCCUGAAGCGGAUACGGCAGCAUUCUGCUGCCGAAUCAACUACUGCCACGUCACCGCGCGCUGCCUCUCGCAAUUGCACUGAUGCAUCCACCAAUUCCAAAGCUUCCAAUACAGCUUCAACAUCUAGCCCCAUUCAAAGUUCGUCGUCGCAAAGAGGCGCUGCAAUUGAUUGA